UGACAUGGCAAUUUACAUGCCACAUAUGAUGAUCACAUUAUGACAAAACAUCCACAUUUCCCAUGAGCUUGAAAAUUUCAAAUAGACUUGGUUAGUAACCCAAAAUAGUCAAAUAGACCACUUCCUCAAACAAGGUCAGUUUUCCACUUUUACCUUAAAAAAAUAAAAUUUGGAGUACCAUUUUAAAAAAAAAAAUUAAAAAUUAAAAAAACAUUAGUAAAAUCUGCAAAACUGGUAGUUAACUUUCUCUUCCCGCAUCUAUAUAUUCGCCAUUUCUUGAUUUCUUCUUAUCUCACUCCUCCAUCCAACCACCUUUUUCUCUCUCCUAAAAAAAUGGCUGACCCUCACGAACCACUCCUCUCCGCCGCCACAAACUCCGACGAGGGAGAAUUCGAGCCAACAGAAAAAGUCCACGUGGUAGGAAUCAACGAAAACGACGCCGCAUUAGACGACUCCAAAACGCCGCCGUUUUCAUGGAAAAAACUCUGGUUAUUCACUGGACCAGGGUUUCUGAUGAGCAUAGCAUUCUUAGACCCAGGUAACUUGGAAGGUGAUUUACAGGCUGGUGCGAUUGCGGGCUACUCUCUUCUAUGGCUACUGUUUUGGGCCACUGCUAUGGGCCUGCUGAUCCAGCUCCUGUCGGCCCGUCUUGGUGUUGUAACGGGCCGGCACUUGGCUGAGCUUUGUCGUGAUGAGUACCCCAAUUGGGCCAGGUAUCUGUUGUGGGUAAUGGCGGAAUUGGCGUUGAUUGGGUCGGAUAUUCAGGAAGUUAUUGGAAGUGCUAUUGCUCUUAAGAUUUUGAGUCAUGGUUUUUUGCCCCUUUGGUGCGGAGUUCUCAUUACUGCUUCUGACUGUUUCAUGUUUCUAUUUCUUGAAAGCUAUGGUGUUAGGAAGCUUGAAGCCGUGUUUGCUGUCCUUAUUGCGACAAUGGGUCUCUCUUUUGCAUGGAUGUUUGGUGACACAAAGCCUAGUGGUUCAGAGCUCCUUGUUGGUAUUGUUGUUCCGAAGCUGAGCUCAAAAACAAUUCAACAAGCUGUCGGUGUUGUGGGCUGCAUUAUUAUGCCUCAUAAUGUGUUCUUGCAUUCUGCCUUGGUACAAUCAAGAGAUAUUGACAAAACCAAGCGUGGGCGGGUUCAAGAAGCACUCAAUUACUAUUCAAUUGAGUCCACUCUUGCCCUCAUUGUCUCUUUCAUCAUUAACCUGUUUGUCAUGACCGUUUUUGCUAAGUCAUUUUAUGGCACACCGGAGGCAGAGACUAUAGGCCUCGUGAAUGCUGGUUAUUAUCUGCAAGAGAAGUAUGGGGGAGGGUUAUUCCCAAUUCUAUACAUAUGGGCCAUUGGUUUGUUGGCCGCUGGCCAAAGCAGCACUUUAACGGGAACAUAUGCUGGGCAAUUCAUCAUGGGUGGAUUUUUAAACCUUCGGCUGAAGAAAUGGAUAAGGGCAUUGAUCACACGAAGUUGUGCAAUCAUCCCGACUAUCAUUGUUGCUCUUUUAUUUGAUACGUCUGAUGACAUGCUAGAUGUCCUGAAUGAAUGGCUAAACGUGCUGCAGUCUAUCCAGAUACCGUUUGCUGUCAUUCCACUCCUUUACUUGGUUUCCAAAGAGGAUGUCAUGGGUGAUUUUAAAAUUGGUCCUGUUCUCAAGACACUGGCUUGGCUUGUAGCAGCCCUGGUGAUUGUGAUCAAUGGGUAUCUGAUGGUGGAAUUUUUCUCCGGGGAAGCAAGAGGAUUGUUGUUUGGCUCCAUAGUAAGUGUUUUCACUGCUGCUUAUAUAGCAUUUGUUGUAUAUUUGAUUUGGAGGAGUGUUACCUUCUCAUCCUGGUUUAGCUCCAAUAAGUCGAAGAAUGUUGUGGCCGUUGUAAACUAAUUACAUGUUUACUGUGCACCACCCCCGUUGAUUAGCAAAGGGCCAAAAUAAAAGGGGAUACCAAUUACCUAACAGAAGAACUAAUCUACUGUCAUCUCGCGUUCCAUGCAUGUUCAUCUUCCAGGCUGAGUGUGGUUCAUUUUUUUUAGAUUUCCACCCUAAUUAUUAUUGAAGGGCCAGAUUUGUACAAAGCUAAGGAGCUGGUCUACUGUAUUUCCCUCUUUCUUCUAUUUUUGAAGGUAUGAAACCGAAUUUAGGCCUUCUUUCUCUCGGGGCCUAUUUGUAUAUCGUUGUGCCAUAUGAAGUCAAGUAGAGCAUAUUUUUUCACCUGACAGUGGUCAUGCCUUUCCUUACUUAUUAUGAGAGAAAGAAAAAGGGAGUUCUAUGUUUCAGCAAAUUUGUAAUACAAGUAGUUUUUCAGCAAUAUGUACAGUGAGCACAAUAUUAUUACAAUGUACUGCAAGGGUUGCUGCAGGUGGUAUGACCAUCAUUGCCAACCAGCAGAUAACUCCUCUCUGUAAACCUGUGGAAGUUGUUUAUCUCAGAAGACUAAAGUGGAAGCAAGUGUGCUUUUUAUUCACAUGCUUAGCUUCAAUUUUUACUCA